AUUAUUGAACACCGAACCAACGCCACCGUGAAGGCUUCACUCUCUUUUUAUCUGUAAUUCAAUCAAAGCUCGAUUCUCGCAAAAUUUCUCGCCCAAAACCCAUUUCCUUUCUUGUUUGAGGACAAUUGGGUCCGUUUCUUUUACUCUCAGCUGGAUUCCCACCUCCAUUAAUUUCUCUCAACUCUCUCUUAGUUUCCCCAACUUUCUAAAAUUCUGGGGUUGCUUUUUUUUUUUUUUUUUUGAAUUUAAAUUGAAGGAGUUUGACGCUCGUGGAUUGUAGUUUCAAGACUGAUGGCUAAGAGUUACUUCAAGCAAGAGCAUGAUCUUGAGAAAAGAAAAGCAGAGGCUGCAAGGAUUAGGGAGAAAUAUCCCGAUAGAAUUCCUGUUAUUGUGGAGAAGGCAGAGAGAAGUGACAUCCCUAGCAUUGAUAAGAAGAAAUACCUAGUUCCUGCAGACCUUACCGUGGGACAGUUCGUUUAUGUCAUUCGUAAAAGGAUUAAAUUGAGCCCGGAGAAAGCGAUCUUUAUCUUCGUGGACAAUGUCCUCCCUCCUACAGGAGCAAUCAUGUCUGCAAUAUAUGAAGAGAAGAAGGAUGAAGAUGGAUUUCUGUAUGUUACUUACAGUGGAGAGAACACAUUUGGGUGGUAGCUGGCUUAUGUGGUAGACCUGAUUGUUCUUAGAUUUUCACUUCAUUGCUAUUGUCACGGCCAUCGUUGUAGUCAUCUUCCACUGUUCUCUCUGCCUCUUCCUUUUGCUGCUCCUUGUUCUUCCAGUUCUUCAAGGAUUCUGGCAAGUGAUACAUUCUGUACAGCUCUACAUAAUGAAUAAAAUUUGUGAAAACAUUUCCACGCCAAGAAGUUAUUAAUUGCUUCCAAUAUUGCUUUUAUAAUUCCUUUUGCCCCAAAUUUUUUAUGGGGUUUUUUUCUUCUGUUUAUUGUAAAGAUAAAAUCUCUUACAAAAAAAUCGUUUUUACUCAUUAAAAAGAUAUUCCAUCUACUCUUA